AGUUGGUGAUCAGUAUUCGAAAAAGGCGCAAUUUAACGGUAGGUAUCGUGCAUGCGCUUUGUUAUUAUUAUUUGUUUUUAUUUUUAUUUCAUAAUUCGUUCUAUCGCAAUCACACGAACAAAAUUCGGAAUUCGAAAUCCGGAUGAACGUUAAACACUUAAACAUUCCGUUCAAUGUAGGUGCAUAUUGUACUCGCAUCUCAUUAUUGCAGUUCUCAUCGUUUUUAUGACUUGGACCCAUCUAAACGCUUUCGACAUUAGACCACUCCUGUGAUCUCGUUUACUGAUUAUACUGCUACUAAAACCACAAUUCCCAAUGGCUAGCCGCCAGUCUGUUAGUUCAAUAUUGAAGCCACCCAAAGUACGGGCACCUCUAAAAGAAAUUGAAUCGGUUGAACAAGAUGCCGAUGAGAAUACUGCUACAUUGGCCAAAAGAAAAGUGAGUUUUUCUGGGAUGAAUAAAAUAAAAAUGUACAACACAGGUGCUACAUCUUUAACUGUACAUCAAGCUCCUAUGUUUGAUGAGCAAAUUUCAAUGUUAUCUGAUUCUUCAAAUGCCGAAAAACCUAAAUUAUCAGGAAAAUUUGAGAAAUCUGAUGCUCAAAUUAGUAUUGAAUCAACUAAUUGUACCAACUUAGAAGAUAAUGGCCGGAUUAUUAUUGAGUAUGAAAGUCCAAAUGAUAAUAUGGAAAUGACCGAAGCACUAUCUGGUAAAAUAUUGUCGGACACCAUUUAUACUAUUGAUAAUAAUGGUUCUGAGCAUAUUAGUUACAGUUCAGAUUAUUCAGAAAAUAAUAUGGAAUUCACCGAAGCACUACAAGGUGGCCUUAUUUUAUCAGGGGAUAAUAGUUGUAAUUCCUUAAGUUCUACUGAAAUAUCUGAAACAUUGGAUGAAGAAAGUUAUGAUGAACUGGUUUGUCAAUCUGGUCUUAAACCUUCAAAACCAUUAUCUGAUGUGCUUAUUAUAAAUCCUUUGAAUACAAGUUCAAGUUCUAGUUGUAUGGACUUCACCUGUGCUAAUACUAAAUCCAACUUAUUAUAUAAUACUCAAUCAAAUAAUAUGGAAUUAACUGAACAAAUGACAUCUAAAUCUUCAAAAUCUAUUUGGUCAAAUGAUGAUUAUAAAUCAUUGAGUAUGGAGUUGACACAAUUACCUGACAGACAGACAUUUGAAGAUAAUUGUGAAUUGGUUUAUGAACACAAUCAACAUUCUGUAAGUAUGAGAUCAGAUAUAUCUUGUGAAACUCAAGAAAACCAUAAUUAUGAGUUAGAAAUUGUACAAUCUGAAAAAUUGGAAAAAAAUAAUUUUAAUUCUCAAACCAUUGGUUGUGUGUUGAACAAUUCUGAUAAUGGAGAAACUUUUAUUGAAGAAUUAUCAUCAAGUAUGGUUUCAAUGGAUAUUGAUCCAACAUUAGAAGGUAAUGAAUUUGAUAUUAGUUAUGUAAAUGUCGAUAACCCACUAAUAAUUGAGAAUAAACAAAACAAUUCAACAAUACCAGUGGUGGUAGGAAUAGAAGAUAGUGUUAACCCUGAAAAAAAUGUGCUGGAUAAUUACUCAAAUGUUAUUGAAAUUAGUAAUGAAAAUAGUGAAUCUAGACUAUCUAUAUUCCCUACAGGUUCAUCAUUUGUUGUAAAUAUGUCUCCAGAAAAUAAUCUAGACAAUUAUUUUGAAGUUGAAGAACUACAUCAAACAUUACAUGGUCAUACAUCUGUGUUAGACCAAAAUCAAUAUCUUGAAAAUAAAUCAAUAAUUGUUGAGAAACAUGUACCAAAAAAAUAUUCAAGGAAAACAAUGAUUCACCCAUGUCCAUUAAUUGUUCAAGGCAAAUCUCAUGAAAAUGAAGAUACACCUGAAGUUGUCAAUAGUAAUGAACACAAAUAUGAUUCUAGAAAAUCAAUUGCUCCUACAACUGUUUUUAAUGGUUACAUUUCAGGUACAUCUGAAAAACUUGAAGAAGAACAACAAGAAAAAUAUUCUAAACAAUCAAUAACACCUAUGUCUCCCUUUUACCAAACUCAGUCUCUUGAAACUGAAAAUUUGUCAGAUACAUCUGGAAUUGUCGAAGAUAAUAAAAAAAUCCAAUACUCUAGAAAAUCAGUUGCUCCUACAUUUGUUUUUAAUGAGGAUGUUUUGGAUACAUCUGAAACACUUGAAGAAAACCAGCAGCAAAAGUGUUCUUUACAAUCAAUUGCCAUGACUGUUUUUAAUGAAACUCAGUCUCUAGAAACCGAAAAUUUAUCAGAUACAUCUGGAAUAGUCAAAGAAAAUCAACAAAACAAAUAUUCUAGAAAAUCAGUUGCUCCCACAUCUGUUCUUAAUGAGGAUUUUUUGGAUACAUCUGAAACAUUUGAAGAAAACCAGCAGCAAAAGUGUUCUUUACAGUCAAUUGCCAUGUCUGUUUUGAGCCAAACUCAGUCUUUUGAAACUAAAGGUGUUUCAAAUACAUCUGUAUAUAAUCCAACUGAAUUGGCUGAAAAAUGUGACACAUCUGAAUGUAGUUUUACUCAGUCUGCUGAAAAAGAAGAAACAUCUUUGUAUAAUUCAACUCAAUCUGCUGAAAAAGAUGAAACAUCCUUAUACAACUCAACUCAGUCUGCUGAAAUGGAAGAUACAUCGGCUGUUGUUGAAAAAUAUGAGUUAAAAAAAUAUUCUAGAAAAUCACUUGGUCCAACUUCCUUAGCAUUUACUCAUUGUGAAUCUCUGGAUAAUAGUACCUUGAAUAAUUCAUCGGAUACUGAAGAAAAUAAUGAACAAACAUCUGAAAAGGCAAUGAGUCCUGUGAUUCCAGUAACUGUUAAUAAUCUGUCUAUACUACAAUCAGAUGUAUCUAGUUAUGAUGAAGAAAAAUCAAUUGCAAAAAGCAAACACCAAUCUGUAUUGCUUAAUGUAAUUAGUGAUGAUAACUUAAAUUCACCUUUCAGGAAAAAACAAAAAAAAUCUAUAGUUCCGACACAUUUAAUAAGACUACCCAUUGAAGAUCCAAGUAUUACUAAUGAAUUGGAAACUACUGAUGAAAAUGUUUCAGGGAAUUUUGAAAAUGUUAGUAAAAUGGAUAUAUCGAUUGAAAAUGAGUUUAAAAAUGACAAUGAACUUUUAGUUGUUUCAAAAGAAAGCGAAGAAUGUUAUAAAAAUAUUGUACAUGAUGAUAUGUUAGAAACAAAUAAAGAAAAUAUUGUCUUAGCACUUAAUGAAUUGGAAAUAAACAAAACAAAUUUAAAUGAAUUAGUUGAAAAUAAUGACAUUUUCAGAGAAAGUGAAAACAAAAAUGAAGAAAACAAUGUAAACGCCUCUAUUAAAGUAGCUGACAAUCAUAUUUUAAACUCAGAUUAUCAUUCACACAGUUAUAGUGAUGAUAAAACUACAAAAACGAUUUGUGUUAAAGAUAGAUCUAAUAUUUCAACGGAUGAAACAUUUCAAAAUAAUGAAAAAUCAUGCCUGGUUAAUCGAAAAAGAAGUUACAGCAAUAGAGAUUGUGCACCUUUAUCUUGUUCAUCAUUUAUGUCUAAACCUAAUAUACACAAUAGCAUGGAAGAAGAUUUAAACACUGAUGAUUUUAUACAACAAAGUCCUAUUAAAAAUGAUAUUAUUAACAAGAGCUUAAUUAGUGAACAAUUAGAAAUAAAUAAUGAACUUCAAGUAGGUUUGAUUAAAAAAGAGUCUAUAAAAGAAAAUUUGUGUAAUGAAGCUUUAGAAUUUUUAACAAGAUGGAAUGAGCAAUUUAUAGAAAAAAAAUUAGUUCUGGAUAAGUGCACAAACAGAGAAUGGAUUUUCAAUUUAUUAGAUAAUAAUAUACUUUUAACAGUUACAUAUGCAUACAUUUCUAAUGACUAUACAUUUCUUAAAGUGGAAGAUAUAUCAUUUACUGCAAAAACCAUUACCAAAAAUGAAAUUAUAAAAUUUGGAAUAAAUUGGAUCUUAUCAAAAUACAAUCCAAAAGUGUACAAGCAAAUAUGUUUCACUUCAAGAGACGUAGAACUAUUAUUGAAAUCUCUGUUAGAAGAUGUUCACUUUAUUAGUAAAGUAAUGAUCAAUAUGUCAUAUGUAAGGGAUUUAUAUUGUGUCACAUUUAAAGACAACAAGGCUCAAUUUGUGAUACAUAAUAUGAAUGGCCCAUUGAUGGUUCGUAUUGAGAUAACAUUAUCCAAUAUUCAUAAGCUUUCUGUUAAAGAUUUGUCAGUUGAUUGUUUAUUUGGUAACUUCAAUACACAAUUAUUGGAAGAAAUAAUGGAAGAUAUAUCAAAAGAUAGUAAUGUCUUGCAAUCUUUAGUAGAAAAAUUGACUAAACUCUACUCACACAGACAAAAUUGAUAGGUACAUACAUUUUAAAAUUAUUUAGUAUAAUUUAAUGUAAUUGAAGAAAAAUAAUGAUCGAAUUUUAACAUCUCAUGUGUUGAUGAUUUUAUGUGUUUUAAAUUUGUAAGUAUGUAAUCUACAUCUAUCUCUAUAUUAUAUUUGAUUUAUAUUUUUAUAAUCAGUGACACGUGUGCAUGUCUUAUAAACCCUAAUUUAUAUAUACCUAGUGAGUAAACUAUUCAAUUGACCACGAAAAUACCAA